AUGAAAACUAGGUUGUCGGACUUGAACAAAGUGUUUAUUGCGUUCUAUCGGGAAGAAGAGGAUGUUGACCCCGGUUAUAUUAUCAUAAACUAUAUCCCUACCACUGUAUCUGGGGUAAAAAGAGCACGGGCCUUGGUGCAUUCGCGACGUAUUGGGGGAAUAUUUAAGCGUCACCAGAGUAUCUUCACUGUGGAUAGCCUUUCUCUUAUAACAGCCGACAAUGUACGAGAGGCGAUCAUAAAUCCCGAUACUGCCUUUGCAUCUCCCACCAGCCAAACUACUCCAACUACUCUCGUUCACGCUACCAACAAACUAUCUCUAGAGCAACGCGAACCUGCACCUGUGACCCCUCUUGAACCCCUUCGCCCCCUUCGCCCCAAACAUCUUGCUGAUUCAACCAACAGACCGCCGCCAGAGCAACGUGAUCGUCACGAAAUCGCACCACCUCUCCGUCCUUUACAGCCCCUACGUGCACCCAGCCAACCUGAACUAAAACCCCUCCGAGCACCCAGUCAGCCAGAUUUGACUCAAGACAUGGGCCGGAGAUCCUUCGGAGCAACCUACGCGCCUCAUAUCGAGCCACCACAUGUGCCGCCCGUCCCGCCUUUACCGAAAGGCGUUGGGGGGAACAUCUUCAGCAACUUCCUCAGGAAGAAGAAGGACUCUUCGGAUAGCGCCGACAUGCCGCCGCCUACCCCGCCGAAAGACAAUGCUGUAUAUUAUGCCCCGCCGGUCGGGGAGUCACGUUCUUCGCCCCCACCUGCAUCGCCGUUUGCUUCGAAUAGGGCCGCGGCAACGUAUCAUAGACCCAGGAGCCUUUCGGAGCAUGCGACCGUCUCGCAUUCGAAAGGUUCGACCAAUGUGGUCGUGGAGGUCGAGCCAUAUGCUGUUCCGUUGAAAGGAAAGUGGUCUCUCGACGGAGGAAGGCCAAAUGAUCCCAGCGAACGGGCCAGGAAACGGAGAGAACUUCAGCUGCAGCGAGAGAAAGAGGACAAGGAGGCACAGCAACAAGAGGAGAUGAGACUGGAGCGUAUAAGGCGAGAGAAAGAAGAGAUGGAAAGACAAGUGAUUGAAUAUGAGGCGCGCAGAAGGCUUGAGAUUGAGCGGGAGUUGCGGAGGGUCACUACUGAGCGCAAACGGAAGGAGCAGAUGGAGAAGGAAGAAGAGGAAAGACGCCGGCAGGAAUUGGAGGAACGCAGGAGGCAAGACCGAGAAAAGAGGAUGGAAGAGCACCGACGGCUGGAACGGUGGCGCAAAGAGCAGGCUCGACAGACCGAGUUCGCCGCUCGACGGGCGGAGGAGGCCAAACAACGAGAAGAGCUAGAGCGCAAGAAGCGAAUUCAGAAGGCCGAGGCGAAAUUCAAAAGCGUUUCGAUGGAGUCGGAACAGGCAGGCUGGGUUACCAUUCAAAGCAAAGAUGGACUCUCGUGGAAACGACGGUACUACAAGUUUGUGAAAGGGAGCAUCUUUUUGUACAGGAGUUCAAAGGACUUGGCAGACGCGCUGGAUGAAGUGUCUCUGCAGGGCCAAUUGAAAGCGUUGAAGGAGUGGCAUGAAGGCUAUGACGACCUCGAGGCUAUUUUAUUCUCGUUCGUUGUCGAGUUCAAGAACGGCGAACACUGGGCGCUGUACGCGGAUUCGGAGGAAGACAAGUACAAAAUUCUGGGACUAUUUAAGGGAGCAGCUGGUCUGUGA